GGAAGGGUGGAGAGAGUGAGAGAGAGAGAGAGGGAGGGAGGUGGCUUGGUGAUCAUUCAGUGGACUGAGGGCAGAGCAUGUAUUGCAGUGAGAGCUGACGUGAGAGCCCAGAGCUGUUCCCAGUGGCAGGACAUCCACAACAGUGGCUGUGACACACUCCAGUCUGCGGACAGCUCAGGAUUUCAGGCAAACUUGAUGUUUCUCGACUAAAUCGACUUGCCUGACUUCCGAAGAGUCUCUGGGAAAUAAGUGGGAGAGGGUGCGUUCUUUGACUGAAUGAUCAAAAGCCUUUGGAGAGGAUGUUGAAAGGUGAAGUUUCUUACUCAGACUACAUUUCUUCACACGCAUCACAAACAGACUGGGACAUUAAUGACCCUAAACUACCUCAGGAUGUGAUUCAGUUGGAUAGAUUCCAGGAGUGGACAGAUUCCUAUGAGAAAUAUAUUUACAAUGCGGAUGACAAAAAUGCACAGAGGCAUCAGAGUGGCUGGGCCAUGAGGAACACCAACAACCACAACUGUCACAUUCUGAAGAAAUCCUGUCUUGGAGUAGUAGUUUGCACCAAUGACUGCAUCCUGCCUGACGUUAACAAGGUUUAUCUGAGACCCGCCAUUUGCGACAAAGCGCGUCAGAAACAACAGAAGAAAUCUUGCUCAAACUGUGGUGCACCUUUGAAUCUCAUCCCUUGCCAUGGUCACGGAGGUUACCCUGUCACCAACUUCUGGAGACGGGAAGGAAAAUACAUUUUUUUUCAGGCCAAAGGUGUACACGACCAUCCCAGGCCAGAGACAAAGAUAGAAGCUGAAACGAGGAGAUCAAUCAACAAAAAGAGACCAUGUGUUGAAAAUACUUGCUACAAAGAGAAGAGGAAACGAGAACCACAGCCAACAACAGGUAUUUUAUCUACUCUCUAUGUAAAUGGAAACCUGGGAGACCAUUUCGUAGUUGAGAACAAUUCCAGCAACCCAUGCCUGCCAUACUCAAAUGGGCAUAACUUUGGAAAACCUACCUACGUUUACGAUUCACCUGAUGAAAUGGAUAUCAGCAGAUUCUAUGAGAGACGCGCCCAAUUCAACGGAGCGUACCACAAUCACGGGAAUUUUAGUGGGCCUGGAGAAAACUGCAAUCCAAAUUUUGUGGAGUAUGGAGAAUAUCCCGGCUGGAAUAAACUUACUUUAGGCAAGACAUCUUACAGCAACUCUUUUAUUGGGUAUUCUCAAGGUUUUUCAGAUCCCUGUAAUGAUGUUUCCCGUUUCAAAAACUUCAGAGACCCAUCACAAAGUUCGCACAUUGCAAUGGACAUGAACAGAACUGUGUUCCAGACCUCAAAGUCCAACCUGGAUGAAUAUAGUGAUCACAUAUAUGAUGCCAUGUUCCUGCAAAGUCAAAGCAACAGCUAUCCUACUGCUGCUCUUUACUCAGUGUAGGGACCGCCAGAUACAGUCACAAUAAAGAAAACAUCGAGGACAGAAAG